AUAACUCGAUAGCAGCCAACCCUAUGCAAACCCCUAUUUCUAUUGUGCCUGAAUUCUAUUUACUUCCUUUUUAUGCCAUUCUCCGUGCUAUCCCUCAAAAGUUGUUAGGGGUUGUAGCAAUGCUAGGGGCUAUCCUCAUACUCUUAGCCUUACCAUUCCUUGAGACUUCCCGUAUACGUUCUUGCGCCUUUCGACCAUUUAUGCGUCUUGCCUUCUGGUCUUUUGUUACUAAUUUCUUUCUCCUUAUGUGGAUAGGAUCUCAGCAUCCAGAAAAAAUUUGCCGUUCCUUUGGAAGACGUUCCCCAAAAUCUGGGUCAAUGGCUUUCGGAUUUAUUGAUGCGGAGGGUUAUUUCGGUGUUAAACCACUUGCAGAUUUUAGAGUGGUUGAAAACAACUAUUUUGGCGCUGGCUAUGUCGAUUCUGUCCUUAAGACUCUCUUCCCUUGA